GAGCACUAUCCACACGAUGCGCAUCAGAGCAGGAAGCCUACUUCUCCCGGCUGUGCUUUUACAGUAAGAGUGGGAAGUACGAGACGCGAAGAGACGAUCGGACCUUCUGUUCAUCAUGAUGCCAGGAAAGAGAAGACGUUACGUGGUGUUGUUCCAAACCAAAUACUUUAUGCUUGGAAAACGCAUGUGAAUGAAUCGGAAGGGUUUUGUCAGUUGGAAUUACACUAAGGUCUUUAUGGUUGGAUCUUGGGUUCCGCUAGCCUUUGUUUACUAAAUCAGAGAGUCUAGCAGUCAGGUCAUGUUAAUUGGAGAAGAGUGUCCGUCGUUGCUUAGAUGGUGAUUAGAUAGGGACUCAAACUGCUCACGGCCCGGCGGUGGUGACAUAACCCCGCAACUGUGCCACCAUGGAUCUACUUGAGUGCCCAAUAUGCCUGUUCCUCAUGUGUGAACCGGCCACCAUGUCCUGUGGUCACACGUUCUGCCGGAGCUGCCUGGGGAACUACUUGUCAUCCGGGUGUCCAGCCUGCAAGGAAAUAUUUAAACAGAGAGACGCCAAAAACAUCAAGAACAACAUCCUACUAUUCAGUGUCAUUGAGAAGUGCUGCCCAGAAGAGACGAGGAUAAAGUGUCAUAUUCUGGAGAAACUCAAAACCAGCGAGUUCACAGAAGCUUUACGCAUCGCGAAUGAAGGGAUACGAGUAGCUCCUGGUGAUGUGAGUCUGAAGGUGUGGAGAGCGGAAGCCAAUAUGGGACUGAGACUUUUCUCUGAUGCCCUGAGGGACCUGGAAGACCUCUCCUGCGUUCACCCCAACUGGACAGAGGGUUUCUUUCGUAAAGGUAAUGUGUUACUGGAGAUGGGUCGUCAGUCUGAAGCCCUGAUCCAGUUUCACCGCUGUCUCAAGCUACAGGCCGACUUCACUCCUGCCAAGAGCCAGAUUAAAAAGAUCCUGGAGACGGAGGGCAUGUCAGUGCCUGAGGAGGUGCCCCAGAUCCUCCAGGUGGUCUCAGAUUACCUCAGAGGCCACUGCCCCCCCAUCACAAUCCUCUUCCCUGAGAGCCACACACACAGCCACACACACUGCCUCAACAAAAGCUUCCGACACCCUCAGGUGGAGGGAGCAGACGGGGACAAGAGAGGAGACUUGGAGACGGGGCCAAAGGUGAAACAUGGGACCAGUACUGAGUGCUGUCUCAGUCUCUGUCAGGCCGUGUCCUUCCUCCCUACAGCUGAGGAUGAUGAGGAGAUGAUGAUGAGGAGGAGGGAGGAGAGGCACAGCAGGGGAGGCUGCCGUCUGGACAGAAGAGAAUCUCUGAGUGUCCUCACUGUGUCUGACUUUGAAUGUCCCCUCUGUAUCAGGCUGUUCUAUGAGCCAGUGACCACUCCCUGUGGACACACCUUCUGUAGGACCUGCCUCGAGAGAAGCCUAGACCACAACCUCCGCUGCCCCCUCUGCAAGCAGCCACUACAGGAGUACUUUAAGAACAGGAAGUACAACCCCACGGUGCUGCUGCAGGAGAUCAUGUCUCACCUCUUCCCCCUGCAGCUGGAUGAGAGGAAGCAGGUCCACGAGACUGAGAUGGCCGAACUAUCCAAUCUAACUAAGGACAUCCCUAUCUUUGUGUGUACGGUGGCGUACCCGGGCGUGCCCUGUCCUCUCCACAUCUUCGAGCCUCGUUACCGCCUCAUGAUGAGACGAUGCAUGGAGACGGGCACCAGGAAGUUUGGCAUGUGCAGCUACGAACAUGGAAAAGGAUUUGCAGACUACGGCUGUAUGCUGGAGAUUCAUAGCUUAGAGGUGUUGCCUGACGGUCGCUCGUAUGUGGACUGUGUGGGAGGGAGUCGUUUCAGGGUCCUGAAGAGAGGACAGAGAGAUGGAUAUCACACCGCUGAUAUAGAGUACAUGGAGGACCACAAGGCUGAGGGGUCAGAGUUGGAGCUAUUGCAGAGCCUCCAUGACAGUGUGUAUGAGCAGGCCCAGGACUGGUACACACUCCUCAACACACAGCUCAGAGAACAGAUCAGCAGACAGUAUGGAACCAUGCCUGACAAGGAUAACAACAUACAGGCCUCUAACAACGGUCCAGCGUGGUGUUGGUGGUUGUUGUCAGUUCUCCAGCUGGAUCCUGCCUACCAGACGACCAUCCUGUCCCUGCCCUCCCUCAACGACCGCCUGGGACACCUGCGCAUGGUUCUGGAGUACUUCUCCCAGAGCUAGAGAAGAGGAGGAGAUAAAGGGAUGCAGCUUUACUGGGUUUUCUGCCGCUUAUCCAGUACCCUACACAGAGGAGAGGAUCAGCUCUACAGACUGGAUAAUGUGAAACAUCACACACACACCCACUAAUAUAUCACUCACACACAGAUCCCACAUACACGACCUGUCAGGCCCACUCCCCACCCCUGUAUCUUCAGCAGGAUGUUAGUAGGUUUAGAGCCUGUCGCCAUGGAGAUCAUAUGUCUGUGCUUGAACCCAUUUUACCUGGCCAAGAGCAGAAAGAGAUUGUUUUAUCACUUACAUGAAUAAUGUGUUUGUUCGUCGAUACAUCAUAGGUAAAAAUCAGAUUGAAUCAAAGGUGCUUGUUGGGUGAAACUAGCUUGAAAUACUUUAAACUAUACUGAUUCUUGUUUGUGUCCAGCUCGCUAAUAAUCACUCAAAUUAAAGAUAGUCACUAACGAUGGAUAUAUUGGACUGUCUAUCUCUUGUAAAUUUUGACAUGUUCAUUGCGGCCUUCCGGACCUCGUUGAAGACCAAAUGCACCCGGGGCAAAAUAAGUGUGACACCCCUGCAGUAUAAGGUUCAACUCAAACUCUUCUGAUUCUUGCCAAGGGAUGUAAACCUGGUGGUAAUGUCUCAGAUAACCACUAGGUGUCCCUGUUCUCACUUCUGUUUCCCUUAUCAGCCAAGCAUAAAGAACACUGCCAUGGCAACUGACCCCCAUGCAUGACAUAACCAGCCAUCUCAGAAUCAGAUGAUCUGAUUCAUGACUGUAAAGUGCUUGAAGAAAAGCUAUUUAAAAAAAGUGACACAGAUCGCUCUGUCUUACAGAGCUGACAACUUGAUUUCCUGGGUAACGCACAAUAUGCUAUUUAUAAGGCUUGGGUUAAAGUUAUAUAUAGUUUAUAAUAAUCAUAUUGUAUUUUUGGGGGUUCUUUAAAACCUUGGGAAGCUACUAUAUUGUGGCAAACACAGUCAGCAGCCAUUUUGAGUGACUAGCGCUACAGUAUAAUUACUAUUGCAGUUACUGUAUCUUUACUGCCUUGUUACCAAUAUUGAGUAGGAUGUAAUAUUAGUGUGUUAUUGCAGUAAUGAUCUAUUAUGAAACAUUGAAACAUAAAAAGGUGGCGCCUGGGUGAAAAUAAUAAUAUUUCAGAGUAAUGUAAUUAAAGCUGCUGAAGCCUGACUUCUCUUUAGUGUUUGAAGAUGUAUUGAACAGGGUUCCACCCCAAAUGGCACCCUAAUCACUUCAUUGUGCACUACCUUUGAUCAGGGCCGCAAUAGGACUGUGGUGAAAAAGUAGUGCACUAUAUAGGGAAUAGGGUGCUAUUUGGGAUUCAGACCCAGGUCUUUGUUAAAUAAGGUGGAAAAAGACAACAGGUGGUACAGCUUAGCUGUUCUACACAUGUGUAAACAGGUGUGUUGUUCUGUACACAUGCAUAUGUAUGUCUGCACAGGAGGCUGGUGGCACCUUAAUUGGUGAGAAUGGGCUCGUGGUAAUACAUUACAUUUAAGUCAUUUAGCAGACGCUCUUAUCCAGAGCGACUUACAAAUUGGAAUACCUGGAGCAGAAUCAGUGGAAUGGUGUCAAAUACAGUAAACAUGGUUUCCAGGUGUUUGAAGCCAUUUAAUUCGCUCCGUUCCAGACAUUAUGAUGAGCCAUUCACCCCACAGCAGCUUCCUGUAUGUAAAGUCUUUGGAUAGCAGUCCUCCCUCUGACAACACAAACAAGUUGAUGCUUUGUUGGACAGUAGAGGUGUGUGUGUAUUGAAGAGACUACCUGUGUAAUAUGAAAGCUACCACUCCUGAGUUCAAAUAGUAUGGGUUUUCUUUCAAAUGCCUGAGUUGCACUUUAUUUAGUUUGCCUGAAGCAAUAGUCCCAAAAGUGCACACCAUGUCCAUCAGUCUCAGUCAAUCGUUCAAAGUAUUUGGAAAUAAAUCAAUCAAAUGAUAUUUCCUUUAACCCAGGUCUGGUAGCUUUCACACCCACAGGCAGGACAGAAAGGAGUUGCCUCCCUACCCUACCCCACCCUAGCUCACACCACCCUCUGCCCCUGUAGCGCCCCCUACCUAUGUGGCCCUCUCACCACUAGUGUUGGUGACUACAGUGCCUGGCCACCCACUAGGAGGCAGCAUUUUGUGUUUGAGCAGAAGGGAAUAGACAAACGUUGUUUUUCUUUUUUGAGUUUAUUAGUGCCACAUUCCAUGGAAUGUUGAAACUGCAAAUCUUAACAUGAUUUACUAACAUACAGGCUUGAACUGGGUGAAAACACAAGGAUGUUUUUCUACUAUAAUAAUUGUGCCAUAGAUACUGUUAUUGUGUGUUUUUUAUUUCGAGAUUUAGUUGCAUUCAGUCAUGAAAUGUUUAUUAAGAUUACAACCAACCUUCAUCUUAAGCGUUGUAAUGAAUUCCCCAUGUUUUCUAUCCGCUGGACAGUGAAGGACCAGCUACCACCUGACACAUUAGAUUGACCUCAUAUCGUUUUUCACAGACAGGUGAAUCAGCAUUGUAACUCGCCUGUUUAGACUACAGUAGUGUAGCUAUAAUAUAGAUAAUAACCCUCCGUGAUUGGACUGACGUGUGUGUGCUAGAUUUUGGAGGGGCACAUUUAAAGGCCUGACAUUACGCAAGACGAUACCCCUCCAAAGGACAGACAGACAAAUGGACGGAUGGUUGGGCACAGGGGCAGGCCGGGCCUCGGCCACAGGUUAUUCUGACCUCUGACUUAUCCCCUAACAUUUAACCUGGUGGCCCAUGUUUCCCUCUAACAUCGCUGAGGAAGGCCUGCCUUUUGUUAGUUUGGCUUCAGUUGGUUCAGUUGGACGUGGUUGAUGCUGACACUUCUGAAAACCACUUUUGGUGCUGGUUUAGACAGGUCAUCUAAGUAAAAACCAAUCUGACCGGCUAUGUACAGUUCAGUACCCACACAGAACCUUAGAACCCACACCAGCUUUCUGAAUACGCGCAAUACAGCAACGAUCAUGAGGUCCAGUGUAGACCGACUCGAAAGCUCAGAUUUUGACUGGAUCACUACAGAUCACUGGCUGUCAGACAUGUACAAGAAGUGUGUAUAUCAGUCUUCAGCUGAUUGUUUGCCGAUGGAAACAUUAAGAAGACUUCUGGUCCAAUCAAAAACAUUGAUCACGUUACACUUCGGCCAUCUUGAAUUCCCCUGGGUAAUUCCACUCAAAGGGCCUUUGAUCAGGAACAGGCAGAAGUCCACAUGGCUUAUCCUCAUAGGUGAUUAUGAUGUACAUGAGGACAGGUAGCGGUCAGUGUCUGUGCUCUAUUCAGGAACCAGACUUGACUGUUAAAAUGAACAACUGGGUGGAAAUUGAGUACAGUUGACUUGUCCUUGAUUGAGGCGACUCCCCUCUCGCGUAUGAUUUCUUAUUGGAGAAGAAGACUUCUAUUCUUGCACAGUAUAAUAGAUCUGCUUGACCUGUUUUCUCUAAUGUUCAGCAGUGGCAUCCAUGUUAUUUUGUCCGACUAUUCAUCAUAAAAAUAAAAUACUUUCUCCUUUA